GAAAUUAGGGUUUUAGUACUGUGACUAGUUAAAACUCUCUCCUCACACCUUUCUUUCUGCUGCAGCCGUCUUCGUCUCUGAGAUAACAAAGGCACUUUUAGUUUAAAAGGCAUUUCAAAGAGACAAACAUGUCGGGUGAUGAGGCUGCUGCUCCAGUUGUUGUUCCUCCCGUUGCUGAGCCAGCGGCUAUAAUCCCAGAGGAUAUGGAUUUGUUGACUGCAUUGGAGUUGACUCUUAGGAAGGCUCGUGCUCAUGGUGGUGUUGUUCGUGGUCUCCAUGAGAGCGCUAAGCUUAUCGAGAAGCGUGUUGCUCAGCUCUGUGUUUUGGCUGAAGACUGUAACCAGCCAGAUUACGUCAAGCUUGUUAAGGCUCUAUGUGCUGAUCACAACAUCAACUUGCUUACUGUUCCAAGUGCCAAGACCCUCGGCGAAUGGGCUGGUCUCUGUAAGAUUGACUCUGAGGGUAAUGCUAGAAAGGUUGUUGGAUGCUCCUGUCUUGUGGUCAAGGACUACGGUGAGGAUACGACUGCACUCAACAUCGUCAAGAAGCACAUUGAAUCUAACUAAGUUUAAGAAGCAUUUGGAAUCUCGAUUUACAGAUGUUUUCAAUCUCAAAUUCUCAAUGCUGUUUUCUACUGGUUUGAUAUUUAAUUUGUUAGCAGACACCUCUGGAGAUUUGUUUGGAAUAUAAACAAGUUUUCCUCUUAUGUAAGGCUCUACUCUUCCAUUGCUCAAUUUACUUGCUUGAGGUUUUC